UCGGCGCUGCAAAACAAAACGGCGACUCCUCCGCACUGACGUCCGCCGAGAGACGCGCCGUGCUCCCCGGCCCAGCGGUCAUGGCCACCACGCCUGAAGGCUGCCGCUGUCGGGGUGCGAGGCACCGCGGCGGCGGCGGCGGCGGCGGCGGCGGCGGCGGCAGCAUCCUCUACAGCAUCCUCAAGAGUGACAGAGAGGAGCAACAGCAGCAGCAUGAAACUCUCCACAACUUCCUCCACAGCCACAUAACCUCCUCGUCCUCGUCCUCGUCCGCCGCCUCUUCUGGAGCCUCCGGGCCGGCGUGGCGGCUCCAGGAGCCCAGGCAGCAGCAGCAGCACGCGGCGUGCUCCUGCGGGGCGACGCGGCGCCGCGGCGUCCUGCGCUCCCCGCAGGUGACGUGCAAAGCCGCCUCCGCCAUCCUGGUCAAGACGCUGCGCUUCGUCAAGAACGUGCCGUGCUUCAGGGAGCUGCCCGAGGACGAGCAGGUGGUCCUGAUCCGGAGCGGCUGGGCGCCCCUGCUGGUGCUCGGGCUGGCACAGGACCGCGUGGACUUCGAGACCGCCGAGACCGUGGAGCCGAGCAUGUUGCAGCGGAUCCUCACCGGGGCGCCCCGGAGCCCGAAACCGAGCCAGAGCCAGAGCCAGAGCCAGAGCCAGAGCCAGAGCCAGAGCCAGAGCCAGAGCCAGAGCCAGAGCCAGAGCCAGAGCCAGAGCCAGAGCCAGAGCGAGGCGGCGGCCGGUUCGAGUCCAGGCGCAGGAGCCGGCGUGUCCUUGGCCGACAUCGAAGCCAUUAAAGGCUUCCUGAAGAAGUGCUGGAGCGUGGACAUCAGCACCAAGGAGUACGCCUACCUGAAGGGAGCCGUGCUCUUCAACCCGGACCUGGAGGGUCUUCGCUGCCUGCCGUACAUCCGGUCGCUGCGGCGCGAGGCCCACCAGGCGCUCAACGAGCACGUCCGGCUGAUCCACCGCGAGGACGCCGCGCGCUUCGCCAAGCUGCUCGUCGCCCUGUCCGCGCUGAGGUCCAUCAGCCCGUCGGCGGUGGCCCAGCUCUUCUUCAAGCCCAUCAUCGGCGGCGUCGACAUCGAGGAGGUGCUCAUGGAGAUGUUCUACGGGAAGUAAGGAACCGCAUCCCACUUGAGGUGACCUUGCAGUUGCCCGAUGUACUGGAAGGCCCAGAAAAAGGGAUGAGUGCUCCGAGUCAUCUCAAGCAGCCGCUGUAAUUCCUAGCUUCACUUCUUUGUUACAUCGGCUCUUUUUCGAAAACAAACUCCCUGGAGUGUUGUUUUCCCACCGCUGUUCUUGACACCCUUUCCACGGCGUCAGCUGACCAAACUCGCGCGGCAAAUUUGGCUCGCCAUGCUUUGUUUGGGAACCCGCUGGAAUAAGCACUAACAUUAGGGCAAUGCAAAAUCAGCAUCAAAAUCCAUAUUUAGUACCUCCGUAAAGGCAGAAUGGCGGAUUCACUUCUUUUAUUUGGUGCCAGUGUACCUAAUGAAGUGUCUUGUGUAUGAACCCAAACGAAGUGCCACUCAAGACAACACAAAUAUUCCACGCCAGGUUUUGGAUGGGAGCUGGGAAAUGUUUCCUUUUGAAGAAAACCAUAAUGACAUCUUUCAAGUUAUAUUGUUGGAUUUUUAUUCAGGUUACUGCCGUUUUACAUUUUUCCAAAAAACAACCAAACAAUUGACUGUCAUAAUGUUAUGGCUUUUCCCAUCUGACUAGAGCGUGGCUGCAGGUGCCUAACCCCAACUGACUUUGAGUGAAAGGAAGGCUACACCCUGGACUGGUACAUUAUGUCUUUUAUAAAAAAAAAAAAAAAAAAACUUUAUUGCUAUAUUAUGCAUUUUUUCCCAAAACGAAAUCCAAAUGUAUCAUACAAUACACCAUUCCCCCCCCCCCCCCAAAAUAUAUGAAUUUACAGCAUUGUCAUAAUACCACACCUUAAAAAAUGGGUAUGACAAUCAUUUGAUUUUUUUUCCUUCAAAAAAACUUUAUUAAUAGACACAUGACACUUUCCCCCCCCCCCCCCCCCCUCUGAAAUGUGAAUUUUUUAUUGUCAUGAAAAAUUGACUUAACAGAAUGCUUUAUCUCCCCAAAAACAAAACAUUCAAACUUUUAUUAUUGAGAAGGAAAAAGGAUUUCACUGUCGUAAUAUAUAUAUAUUCUUUUCUUGAAAAAAAGAAAACUUUAUUGUCAUGAUAUUCCAUUUUUUGCUUGACAAAAUAUGGCUAUUGUUACAAUGUGCUAUCUUCUUUUCACAGUUUUAUUGUCAUAAUAUGUUGGAUUUUUGUUUGUAAUUGUUGAAAGUAUGACACUAUUGCGACUUCCCCCCCCCCCCUCCGAGAUUCGAAGUGUAUCGUCAGAUUGCUUUUAUCAUGACACGAUGACAAGCCCGGUGUGUUCGAAAAGCGGGGAAAGAAACUAUUAUUUCAGGCGGGACUAAUAAAGUUGUUUUGAACAGUCAA